AUUCGGAUAUCCAUCCAUGAUGUCUGAUUCUUUUCUUUGUUUAUACCUGCAUCCUCGUGCAGAAGUCCAAUUGAUGUUAACCUACAGGGUGCCCAUCUUUUGUCCACAUCGUCUGCCCCGCGACUGCUCCACCAGCAGACGUUUCUCCACAGAUCGUCGUCACAUUAAUUCUGACAUCUCGAUACGAUAUGGCGACAACAACAACCGUCAGGCACAAGCUUCAUGAAGCAACCGACAAGACAAAAACCAAAGCACAAGCAGCCGUCGAGUUUGCAAAACAAGCCGAACGCCUUGGACAGUAUGCGCCAGACCAGGAGAACGAUACAACCGGCUCAACCCAAGCUGUUGAGGCGCGUUUCGUUACCGCGCAAGAUCCCGUGAUUUUGACAGCGGAUGGCGGCCGCUUACCCGCAGUACCUAUCGAGGAAGCUACGAAGCUCAACAAGCUUAAAGACGUCCUCGAGGAUCGCGAUCCAUUGGAAAGUGAACCUGUGUCAGGCGAGUUACGGGAAUCGAAAGACGGGACCCUCCACGGAGUGCGGCCAAAGAGGAAGAAUGAAGAAAACCAGAAGAAGGGAACCGAUGCCCCUCUAGGCGAAAGCAAAGCCCCUUCAAGGACAAAUCCAAUGUUCCCACCAGUGCCUGUAUAUGGUCCACCGAGCACACUGAGAAAGGUCCAUUGCAUUCUACUGCGGAUUUCAUCUGCGAUCUUAUCCUUUUGUUUCCUGCUCGUCAUCAUACUGGGGGCAGCAUUCACUUCUAUACCCAUUGUCGCGGAGCACAUCUGGACCCGACUUAAAAGGCAAAACCCAGACAAGCGUCGACCGUUCUUCGAAGAGGAGGAGAGGCGCAAGAAAGCAAGGAGAGCAGCCGAGGUAGCAUGGAAAAAGCAGCAGCAUACCGUAGAAUCGCAGAAGCUCGUAGAUGACAAUGAAGAGGGUAAAGAGGGGGAUGAGUUCGUACCCUUGGAAGGUGGCCCAGAUGAGCUCAAGUGCGAUGUUCGUUACUACGCACGCCGCGUAGGGCUCGACUGCGAGAUCUUUGAAGUACAAACCGAGGAUGGCUUUAUCAUCGAUCUUUGGCACCUAUACAAUCCGCGAGACUACAACCGCACCGACGAGUCUGAAAGAGUACCGCACGCACCUGACGUCUUCAGAAGGACAACGUCUUGUAAUGGGGUACCAGGCUCGCAAUACCCAUCAGGCCAGAAGAAGUAUCCUAUCCUUUUGAUCCACGGACUUCUGCAAUCAGCCGGCGCCUAUUGUACAAACGACGAUGACAGUCUCGCCUUCUUUCUUGCCAAAAGUGGUUACGAUGUCUGGUUAGGAAACAAUCGCUGCGGCUUCAAUCCUCGCCACAAGAUGCUGGACUACAGCGACCCGAGAAUGUGGGCUUGGAACAUCCGACAAAUGGGCGUCAUGGAUCUGCCGGCACUCAUUUCACGAGUACUCUCCGAGACCGGCUUUGAGAAACUUGGUCUCAUUGCCCACAGUCAGGGCACUACGCAAAGUCUCGUUGCUAUGGCCAAGGAGCAACGCCCUGAGAUCGGCGACAAGAUCUCUGUGUUCUGCGCACUUGCACCAGCGGCGUACGCAGGUCCCCUGAUCCAGAAAGCCUACUUCAAAUUCAUGCAAGUAAUCUCUCCCGCCAUGUUCCGAGUCGUGUUCGGGAUACACGCCUUCAUCCCCUUCAUGAUGACCAUGCACUCUCUACUUCCGGGCAAGAUGUACGGCACCAUGGGUUACCGCGUGUUCUCCUUCCUCUUCAACUGGACAGAUGAGCGAUGGGAUCAAGACCUCCGAGACCGCCUUUUCCAGUUCUCGCCCGUCUACGUUAGCGCGGAGAGCAUGAGGUGGUGGCUCGGACGCGAGUGCUUUGCAAAACACAAGUGCAUAUUGUCCACAAAAGAAGAGAAGACGAUCGAAGAGAAGGAGGACGAAGAAGAGGACAGAUCCAGAUCUCGUUCGAGAGACGGUUCCGACGACGAAGAAUCAGACGACGCCCAACCCGGCGACAGCGUCCUUGACGAGAAGGAAUGCAGCUCACGCAGACGAGACAGCAGUCGCGCUCGGUUUGCUUGGUACGGCCCGCACACACCACCAUUCGCUCUCUGGGUCUGUGGUGCAGAUGAUCUUGUCGACGGCCGCCGUCUCCUACGCCGCUUCGAGCGCAAUCGCGAACCGUACGUUGAUGUAGUCCACUCCAAAGUCAUCGAAGGUUAUGAGCAUCUGGAUGUUCUCUGGGCUAUGGAUGCCAUCGAGAAGGUUGGAAAAGAGGUCAGAGAGGUGCUGUGGAAGACGGCACCUGAAGAGGCUAGGAAGGUGUGUCGCACACCGAGGGGCUGUGAGGACAUUGACGACUUCUACCAACGCAGUGACAAGCUAAGAGAGGAUGCGACAAGAGAGGUCGACGCCACAGCCGGAGAGUGGAGUGAGAAGGGUGCUGAACAGGUGAAGGGCUCAGAGCAGAUUGGGGGUGGCGAUGGGAAGGGGUACGAAGCGUUGGAGGCUGAGAAAGAGUUGGCUGUGCGUGCUGAGCAGAUGUGAGUAGGCCGCUGCUUGCGGUCGUAUGCGUUUGAGCUGUAGCGUUCCCUGAGCACACACGUUAUACCCUUGUGUCUCUUGGUUAGCGCACCUAUACUAUAGCCUUGUCACAGAUGCGUCGCGUAAUACUACCACUAUCCCCUGGAG